UCUACAUUUAUCUACUAACACUAGAGUAAUAAAAAUAUAUAAAAUGAAAACUUUUAUUCUCCUUGCUGCCCUGGCAUCAACAAUAUCAGCCUCAAUUCUUCCAAUCAAGUUAAACUUCAAUGGAAAAUAUACACCAAGCUUGAAAGGAGUUUCUAACUGUGCCGGACAUGAGAAUGAUGUAAUGACUGUAGCUCCAGGAGGAAGUAUGCCCGAUGAAGUUUGUAUGCCUGGAUCUAUGCAGAUGGAUGUUGUUACUAAAUUUACAGAAGAUAUGCCUACUGACCUUAUAUUGAAAUUGGACCUUAACAAGCUGGACCCCUUCCCUAUGACCGUUCCCUGCCUGAACGGUAUCGGUUCAUGUGAAUACGAGCUCUGUCCCAUGAUUGUCGACAUGGCUGACACCCUGUGUCCCCAUUUCCCCCCUACCCAGCCCUGUGGUUGCCCCCUUCUAGCUGGAGACAUGGCUCUCAGUGGAUUAGAAAUUCCAGUUCCUGACAUGGGACUUCUUGGUGUUGUGAUGGCAGGAGGAUACGAGGCUACAGCAACAUUCUACGGAGCCUCAAACAAGGACAAGGUCCUAGGCUGUCUUAACCUUACUUUUACACUCAAGGACUGCUGAACAUUCAUCUAGUAUCACUGAACAUUCAUCAAGGACGACUGAACAUUCAUUUAGGAUUACUGAACAUGGAUCCAGGAUUAAUAAACAUUGAUCCAGGAUUAUGAACAUGGAUCCAAGAUUAAUGAACAUUGAUCCAGGAUUAAUGAACAUUGAUCCAGAAUGAACAUUGAUCCAGAAUUAAUGAACAUGGUUCCAGGAUUAAUAAACAUUGAUCCAGGAUUAAUGAACAUUGAUCCAGGAUUAAUGAACAUUGAUCCAGAAUUAAUGAACAUGGAUCCAGGAUUAAUGAACAUUGAUCCAGGAUUAAUGAACAUUGAUCCAGGAUUAAUAAACAUUGAUCCAGGAUUAAUAAACAUGGAUACAGAAUUAAUGAACGUGGAUCCAGGAUUAAUGAACAUUAAUCCAGAAUUCAUGAACAUGGAUCCAGGAUUAAUAAACAUUAAUCCAGGAUGAAUGAACGUUGAUCACGAUUAAUGAACAUUGAUCUUGAAUUAAUAAGCAUUGAUCCUGGAAUUAUGAACAAUGAUCCAGGAUCAAUAAACAUUAAUCCAGAAGUCUUAAAUAUUUUAUUUAUUUUUUAUACUAUAAUUUAUGUAUGCAUGAAAUAAAGUUAUGACAGCAUUUUAGUUUUCGUCGAACAAAAAAUAUAUUGUUUUUGAGGUUCG